AUGAAGCCCAUCUUGUAUAGCAUCAAUGCCUUAUUGGUAGCCAUUGUUUCCUGUGCUGCCACUCCUACCGACGCCGCUGAACGUCUUGAAGCAAGAAAAAAGUCUUUCGACUGCAAAGACAAGCUCGUCGUUAAUGCCUUCUCGAAGUAUUCGUCGCUCGCAUCAUCUCUCUGCAGCUCCUACGUUCCUGCUACAACCACUACUGAGGUCGUUGUCUCUACAAGCACACCUACACCACCAACACAGAUCACGACAACUGUACCGCUGACGGGCACGAUUACGGAGACAGUCACAGUGACAACCCCAGGGUCACCGAUCACGUACUAUUACAAUGCGCCUUUUCCUUCCAACACGAAGACAAUCCUACCGACACCUCCUUCUCCGGCCAAGCGAUCCGUCACACCAGAAGCUGUGGAUACUGACCGAGGUUUUCCCCCAUGGGUCAGUAAAUAUGCUUCCGAAGAAAUCUCGAGUGCCUGUUCAUGUUUUGGCAUCACGCCCUCGACAAGGACCGCGACCUCCACGUCCGUUACUGUCGUCCCAACCCCGACCAUCACCGCAACUGUUAGUGAAACUGUAUCCACUACCACAGUCACGGUGACCACCACUGUGGAAGGACCUCGACCGACUGUCAGCACCUGCUUCGACUAUCAAAGCUACCCCAUCAACAAAGACUACUCUUGGCUCGCUCCCGCUGACCUUAACACCUGGAGCGUUCAGACCCUCUUCAGCCUCAGUCUGAUCGAAUGCUGCAAUCGGUGCUAUACAACACAGAAUUGCAUCAGCUACAGGUAUUUCCCGGUUCGGUCUUUCUUCAUCUACGGGUGCGAUCUAUACACCCUACCCGGCAACGGUGCCUUGGGAAACCCAAGCCCCAUCCCGAAGCUUCUUGGAUAUAACGAACGGUGCCCGUUGGGCGUAUACGAGGGGAAGAGGCAGCUGAAUCCUGGGCCGAAUAUGCCACAAUUGGCUAUUGGGCCUUGCCUGGAUGCGAAUUAUCUGAACUGA